GGCAUACUUGACAAUUUUUGCUGUAUGUCCAUUAUCUUGCGCAUACCGAGUUGGACGUCACUGGUGGUUGCACAACGUAUCUUCCCAUGUGUCGCUGUUUAUGAAUACUGACCAUAAGUCUUGCCCUGAUCCAGAAAAAAACAGCGAGACAUGAAACUAUAUCCCGUCUUUGUCCUUCUGCCUUCGUGCAGAACGAGUUUCACAACGAAAUUUGCGAAAGUAUUCGUUGUGAACGAAGGCAGAAGACGAAGACGGGAUAUGGAUUCAUGUCUUGCUGUUUUAUCCUGAUCAGGGUAAGGAUUUGGGUCAGCAUUCACAAACAGCUAGACAUGCAUGUCUAAUCUGUCUUCACUCCUGACCCUAAACUCAGAAUGUUCAAGAUAAUGUGCAAGACAGACAAAAAUUGUCAACCACGUCGUCGUCGUCCGACUUCGUUGUCUUGCUCAAACUCUCUAUUAAGCCUGGUUCACAUUGAUCGGCGAUGUUCUACGAUCCAUUGUCUGUGAGCAACGAAGAAGAAAAUGCACAAAACAUUUUAUGCAUCAAUGACCACCGACAAUGGGCAUCGCCGAUGUUUACGAUCAAUGUGAACCAGGCUUUAGAGACCUUACGAUUUUAGGACGGCAACGCGACGGCCAAAACAAACUCCUUCAAAUAAAUGGUAGUAAAGAUAGUUCGUGGUAUAUUAUCAAUCGUAUGAAUUUAAUACAGUUUUAGAAGUUGAAGACAUGGGUUUUAUGGUUGGGAAGAGUUCUGCUAAACCCAGUUUGAAGUUGCACUUGUUGUGGCUUGGAAUGCAGCCGUUGUAUCAAGACGUGAAAAUCUGUGAUUUGGCGUUGUAAACAGAGCGAGGACAAUGUCUAAAUUAUUCAUAUAUUGUAAUUACUCAAUUCUUUUCAAUGAUCUAUUGUAUUGUAUUGGUAGCCGUUGCCGUCCUAAAAUCGUAAGGUCUCUAUUUGCCAAACCCCCUAAUAAUGGCCGCUGAAUGUGCUUCUCAGCCAAUCACAGUCCGCCAUUUCACAGGAAGUGAUGCAUGCCAUAUAAUAAUACAUAAUGCCUGCCAAUAUAUACAGAUAGUUUGUAAUUUAAUAUCUAUUGUAGAAAACCAAUAGUUCUCGGGAUGCUUUGAUGUCAUGGUUGAGUUCUGGUUUCUAUGAAGGGUGAUUUCCGCCACAAUUGAUUAUGCUAUUGAAACACGCAUUUUAUUUUUUGGUAUCUUCAUUGUCUACUAAAACUGUCUGUACCAGUGUGGGUAGUGUGGUUAUAUUACUAUAUAUUCCUGUGGUUAUAUUUCUGCUUGUUUAUUUCAGGUUGUAAUAUAACCACUCAGCACAGCAGUAUCUUCAUUGACAUUGCAUUGUCUGUUGUUUGUAAGCUGCCUUAUUGUCAGCUAUCUUCACGAGGGUAUCGCCUGCCACUUGUUGCCGUAAAAUGUUUAAAAUACAAUUCAUAAUACGAUCUCUUACCAUUUCCCACGUGAGAAUACCAAAAUUCGUCCACUGCAUGAGCGUCAUGCCGAAUGUUACGCGAGCUGAUACCGUAUUUACUCGAUUGAGCGCCGCCCCCAAAGAGCGCCGCAUUUGAGAUCAAGAGAGCGCCGCCCCCGAAUGAGCGCCGCACUAAUUAUUUUCAAAUGCGGUGCUUAAUCGAAUCCCUUUCAAUGCGACGAAUUUACGUCUUCUGAUGUCGUGGAGGCAUAUCCAACAAGGGUUACGAUGCAGCAGUUGGACUCGGAUCAUGAAGAGGACAGUGACAUUGAUAUUUUGUAAACUUGUAAACGAUAGAGAGUUUAGCUUCGCGUUCAAUGAUAAACGUCAGGCAAAGAAAAAUUUUAGGCUAUAAAGCAAUAAAAAGUAAAUGGGCUUGUUGUUUUAUAACUAUAGAAUGCUUACCUAUUCCUGUGUCGCAUGAAAGAAAAUAUGACACAUAGAAAUCGAACGAAAAUUAUGCCAAGAAAAGUCGGCUUUCCAAUUUGCCGUUCCCGCAAACGUGAAGCUUAAACUCCCUUAAACUUUCCGCCGUCGGCAAAAUGGGGACAUUUAGUGACAAAGACAUUUAAAACUUGUUUAUUUUAUUGUUAAAAUUCUUGUUAUAAUUCACAAAUAAAAGAUUGUUUUAAAGAGCGCCGCCCCCGAAUGAGCACCGCAUCUGAAGCUCUGAAAAUUUAAAGAGCGCCGCGGCGCUCAAACGAGUAAAUACGGUAAUUAUUUCUUGUUUGGCCUUGAAAAAAUGUUUGGCCUUUUGGCUCUAUUUUGGCUCUAUUUUUAUCAAUUAACAGGAAUUUUCAGCAUCUUUUAGUAGGUUUCAUAAUUCAUUUGUGAAAACUGUGUAACACCAUGGAUUGUAAAAUAACUGGAUAGGAAACUAGCUGACGUCACAGUCUAAACCUAGUUGCAAUCUGUGACGUCACAUGUAUUGCCAAAGUUCUCAGCAUUUUUGUUGUUUCGCUAUAUUUUCCGCUUUGAAAGAGUAAUAUUGAAGCAUAAACUGGUGUAAUUGUUUUAAAAACAUGCCACGACAAAGUAUUCAAAGCCACGACAAAGUAUUCAAGGUAAAUGUUUUUCGUCUUUGUUUUGUAUUUUUUAACAUUUGUAGCUACGAAAUUGGCGUCGCCAAUUUUUACGAAAUUUGCGAUGCAUUUUUCACUGUUUAGUGCUUGAAAUAUUUGCUAAAAUUGACUGGAAAUACUUAGAGAUUUCAUCGUAGAAUGGCUUAGUUAUAUUUAUUUGCUCUUUGACUAAAAUGUUUAGCUCUAUUAUCGCUAAACAUGCCGUUUUUGAGAAUUCGGUUUGCAACUAGGUUUCAAGGCCAUCAUCCCAUUGAAAACAUUAGGUCACGUCAGCUAGUUUCCUAUCCAUGUAUUUUAUUAUCCAUGAUAACACACGUACUGAUUUUUAUGUUUAUAAAACACCAGAUCGUUUCAUGUUAUGUAAAAGUUGGAGAUGUUAAAAUAAUUGGAGACAUUAAAAAAUAUGCUGCAAGCUUGUAGGCAACAUUUUGUAUAAUUUGAAUCAUUUUCACCUGAUCAAUAUACUGCAUUUAGAAGUUAGAAUCCUAGAUAUUAACCUGACCAAUGUAUGUCGAAAAUAUUUUUCGGAUUUGGCUCUUUUUUUUGGCUUUUUUUCAAAAAAAUGAACUUUGGCCUAAUUUAGUAGAAUUUGGCGUUUUUUUAAAAUGUCAUUUGGCUUUGUGCAUGCGCGGAAGCCUACUAAGCCUUUAAAACACAUGUUGAAUUAUGGCGGUAAUAUCACCCCUCAUAGGUUUCUGGCUGUGAAUGGCCAGUGCUUCUUUGAAUAACAACACUUACCGGUGUUUUGCAUUGAUGGAAUUGUGGAGAAGGAAUAGGGUUAGGGAUAGUCUGAGUUUUGUCCGAGUUAGGGGUUUAUAAGUUUAGUAGAAAUGCGUAAUGUGGCUAUAAUUAAUACCUUGCCGAAAGGCACAUGCCGAAAACAGGCAUCCUUUAUAGCCACGGUUGGUGGCUAUACGGGUAUGUCGAAAACAGGCAUUAUGUUUUAGCCACAAAUCGUGCUAUAAGGUAUGCCGAAAACGAGUGUAUACCUUAUACUGUUAUAGGUAUUCAUGCCGAAAACAGGUUAUAUUGUAACGAGGCUGAUGAGGCUAACGUCUGCAUUAUUCAGCUCACUCCCCAUUGGGGCUUUUCAGCGUCCAUAUGACGUUUCUCAUGGACAAAAUCGAUAUGUGAGGCUUGCCUAUGCCGAAAACAGGUUAUAUUGUAACGAGGUUGAUGAGGCUAACGUCUGCAUUAUUCAGCUCACUCCCCAUUGGGGCUUUUCAGCGUCCAUAUGACGUUUCUCAUGGACGAAAUCGAUAUGUGAGGCUUGCCUUACAAUCAUUCUCUAUUUCUCUUAUUUAGUUGAAUUUCAGCAACAAUGGCAUCUAACAAUUCCAAUGGCACUCAGAUGUUUGGCGGAUAUGGUGUCUCUAGACCUGAUUUCCAGAUUGGCGUCACAUUAUACACUCUCAUCUCGUUUGCCUCAAUUGUUGGCAACGGUCUCGUCUUCGCCGCCUUUUCCAAGUCGUCAAAGAUUCGUAACAGCCGAACGAAUUACCUUAUCGUCAGUCUGUCCUGCGCUGACGUCCUGGCCGGAUCUGUUGCGAUUCCAUUAUAUACGUACCUGAUGGCAAUCGAUUUCAAAGGCUAUAAUGAUAGUCCAGCAUAUUUUGUCUAUCAAUUCACGGACGUAUUUUCUAUCACUGCUUCUGUAUGGCAUUUGGCUUUUAUUAGCCUUGAAAGGUUAGUUUCUUGUGAAAGGUAUUUUGGGUGCGGGUCAUUAUUUAUGACCGGGGGUGGCACCGAAGAGAAAUGUUUUUCUUAUGGUAAAAAUGUUGCAGAUCCAACCAUUAAAAAGUCAAAAACAUUUUACCCAAUCUCAAAUUUCAAUUAAAAAAUAUAUACCCAUCUCCGGCCAAAAACUUUACAAAAGGAUAUCAUUUUGUCACACAUGUCCUUUAGUACCACUUCUGUGACAUGAGUUUGAUAACUGCUUGUGCAAUUUUCUGCAGUCUUAAAAUUUCAUGUUGUCUGCACAUGUACUUUCAUUGGAGACACCAUUUGCCUUCUGAUAAAUCGGAAAAUGAUCAAGAUAGUGACUCUGAUUGAUUUACAUAUUGUGUGGUAUGGGGGGGGGGGAGGUGCGCACCUUUCCUAGAGAUCUAGUGGUGUCUAUCACCUCCCUGGAGAAGUCCAGCACCACCCUAAAAAAAUCUGCUGUCCAGACAUUUUUCUGCUUUUCGAAUAGCGAUUAGCGGAACUUUUACUGUUAGCUCGUGUUGAUUUAUAGAAACGAUUUAAUUGAUUUGUGAGCUCACGAGAAAAUACUCAGAAUGAUUUAGUUAAAUAUCGUGGGUAAAUAUAUAAACAUGUGGAGGUUGUUAUACAGCCAUAUUUUCAAAUAUACUGUACUUUAAUAUGCAAAUUCACUGUACUGUGCUGCAGUAGCUAAUUGUCCAGUCACGCAUACGUGAUAAAAAGCCGAUAUAAACUUUAUCAACAACAGAAUAUAAAACGUAACAGAACGGCGAACAUGCAGAUUCGGCCAUCUUAAAUAAUGGCAAUGUUGGGUUAGUAGCGUUGCGACGGCCGAGGGGAGUAGGCAGCAAAGCUCCCCUCAUGCACCACCCCAUGGAAAACCUGCACCCCUCUUAGCAGACGAGGCUUGAUCCGUCCCUGUAUGGUAGUAGUACAAUCUAUUUCCAGGGUAAUCACGUGUUGCAAGCUAAUACCCGACACUCUAUAACUUUCUUUAGAUAUUUUGCAAUAGUAUGGCCAGUUGUUCAUCACAUUUCGAAUUCAACGACAUACUUCAUCGCCAUAGCUGUACUGUGGAUCGUCUCUGUGCUAUCUGGUGGCUUGUCGCUAGAACUAUACAAAUACAAGAUGAAGUACAUCAUCUACAACAGUGCGUCUCUUUUUGGAUUACCUCUGGUCGUCAUCGUGUCUUGCUAUCUGUUUAUACUAAAAACAACCAUACAGCGCUCCUAUGUGACGUCACGGAGAAAUUUUGAGCGCGAACUUAAAGUUUCGUUUACCGUGUUUAUACUAAUAGCUCUCUUCAUCAUCUGCUGGUGUCCCUUUUACGUCAUCGGUAUCAUUUCGGCUGGGACGGACUGUGAUUGUAUUUCAAUGCCAAUGGUCAUCUACUUCAAAGCUUUGCAUUUCGCUACAACUUGUGUGAACCCCAUAGUCUAUGCAGCGCGUAUCCCAGAUUUUAGGACCGCGUUCAAGAAGAUGCUACCAAAACAAAUUAUAUCAGUGAUCUUCUGUCUUCUGCACAAGAGAUCUCGGGAUAGCCCGCCCAACUCUCGGGGACGCGCGUCGAGUACGCUGUCUUCUACACUUCAAAGCGCGGUUGAUGGUUCAAAACGAAGGGCUACCCUUCUUGAGAAUAAAGGUGCCGUGGAUCAGUUGCCGGUGAGAUUGGGGACGAGGGACUCUCCAAUGGCAAGCAGUGUGACUUCAAAUAAAUGUGUGACGUUCCUUUCGGAAAGUCCAUCUUCAGUAUCUGGUGUUCAGUUGAGUAAAGUGUGAGUUUCCACACAAUAAAUGAGAUAUAGCAGUUACCGUUCAAAGUUUGGCAAUGUACUCUCCAACAGCAAGCAAUGUCACGUCAAAUACACGUGUUAUCAUCAGUAGCUGGUGUUCAAUUCGAGAUCCCCCUUAUUACGUUUUCGUAGCGCUUUGCAUUGUGGUUAUAGUGGUAUCACUGGAAAAGAUAGCGGCCUCGAAUGAAAAUAUUGAAUGUUUUCGCGAAUAUUUUGCUGUUGGCUAUCGCGCACCUGACCCUAGCCAAGUUCUUGUACGGGUCAGGACAAAAAAGAAGCAAUCUUGAAUAUCAGUGAUACCACUAUAACCACAAUGCAAAGCGCUACGAAAACGUAAUAAGGGGAAUCGUCAAUUGAGUAAAAUGUGAGUUUCCCUACAAUAAAUGAGAUAUAGACCGUUACCCUUGGCGAAGGACUCAAAUGAAUGUCAAAUGAAUCUUGUUUGACAGUGCAUUGCACCUGGCACCUCGUGAUGUAGCAGAACAGAAUCGUUCAGCAAAUGGUAUUAUAAUUAAACCGUCAAUCAGAGAUGUUUGUCAAGACCUUUUGACAUGUUUCAUUUGAUAUGUUUAAUGUACUAUUUAAAACAUGAGCAGCAGUGUUUUAUGAGAUAUAAGGGACUGGUCUAUCUGGUCAUAAAGUAACUGCUAGGGUGGGCUGGAGGUAAAUCGCCAAUAAGUUUGGUGACCCAUCUUAGGAUGUAGAUAAAAAUUUCAAAGCCCAUCUAAUCUUACCAAAUUUAUUUCAUGACCCCCUCAAUCUAAAUUGGGAAAAUACAAUUUUAUAAUAAAAAAAACUUGCAGGUAUGAACAUUGUAAUAUACACCGGCACUGUAUUGACAUACAUAAUUCCACCAAGCUUGACUAACGUGUACAUUCAUCACGUGUACAUUCACCAAUUACGAUACUGAGCUGCUCUCCAGUUGGUUGUAUUUACUGUGAUUCGACCACUUUUUGUUGUUGUAUAAAACAAAGUACUGGCUUCAAUAGCAUCAUUUGCAUUUGCAUUUGAGCAUUUGGAUAGUUUUGUUUACUUUUAUUAUUAAUGUCUUUAUGUAUUAAUAUAUAAUUAACAUGGGUUUUUGUUUGGUGACUCGACCGUGGGUCACCAACCAACAUACCAAAAAAAUGGCGGCCCAUCGAAACUGCCCAAAGAUUUUCCAUGGCCCAUCCCAAAUCACUCCAGCCCGCCCUAGCAGUUACUUUAUGACUGGUUCCUAAAGGUACGAGGCGAAGCCGAGUAUCUUUAUAGGUCUGAUAAAACACGCACUACGAAUGUUUUAAAUUGCUUCAAUUUAAUUUAAAUUUCAAUUUAAAUGAGGCGAAGUAAUUUUCAAAAAAAUACGUUUUGUAAGUCGAGAAAAUCAAGGUUAAAGUUUAUGUAAAUCAAGGGAAAUCUCUAUCACAUAUGAAGAUACGACACGCUAUGAUUUUUUAUGAUAUGCACGUUAUGAUUUUUCUUUGUGUUUUCCUCAUGAAUUAUUUAGUUUUUGAAGCAGCAGAACAGAAUCGUUCAGCAAAUGGUAUUAUAAUUAAACCGUCAGUACAUUCCUGUCUUAAAAUAGAUGAAGAAAAUGAAACUAGGAAAAGUUUUUCACACAUUACUGGGAGCAUUGCCUGACUCGUCCCCAGUCGCUUACUUAACGCGCGUUGAAUUACCCAACGCGCGCUGAAUGAUGGGAAUGCGACGGGGGCAAUUCCAUGGUCCUUUGCGUUAUAAGCAGUGUUAGGGACUGUGGAAGAGUCAGGAGCAUUGCAGUAUCGGCGACAAGCUUCACGUCACGUGAAGGGUGGACCAUUAGAUAUUCUGGUAGGCCGGAGGGAAACUUUUGCAAGUUUCGUUAAACCUUGCAAGAUUCGUUAAAAUUCGGAGCUUGGUCAAAUUAAACGUUUUUAGAAGUUAGAACUCUUUUAGAACUUUUUUAGAACUUUUUUUACGGUCUAGAAGCUGAACAACAAUGUUUUUCUAUGUAUUUCUAUGUAUUUCAUGGAGGAAUUUUUUCUUUCCCUGAAAACUUACGUGAAUUUGUUUUUCAAAUUCGACUCUUUGCAUGAUUUUUUUUGGAGAAUCUGCCACCCCACCGCCUCCCUGGAUAUCUGAUGAUGUCUGUGCUCAUCGCCCCCCAGAAGUAUGUGAUGUAAUAUUUUAAAUCCAACCAUGGGGACUGGACUAGAUUUCAAGUCCGCGCAAUUUGAUUAAUCACUACUUAGAGUGAGGUGAACUAUAGUACGUAAUUAUAAUCCAGUCCAAGGACCGAAUUAAUUUUGAUCCAGUCCUAGGACGUACUGGAUCAAUAUACUUUACCAGGUAUCAGUAUUAUCAUGUGAGCAAAAUAAAGCAAUACGUUGUGUAAGUCGAGAAAAUCAAGGUUAAAGUUUAUGUGUUUUCCUCAUGAAUUAUUAAUUGAGUAGCAGAACAGAAUCGUUCAGCAAAUGGUAUUAUAAUUAAACCGUCAGUAGUUUAAUUAUACAUUUAUAAUACCAUUUGCGUUUGAGAUAAACAUUUCCCGCGUCUUUAAUGUCUUAGCUAGCGGAAAAUAGCACUUACUGUAUACUAUAGUGAUGUAAUAUAUGUAUUAGGCAACAGAUGCAUGCUUUACGAGAACCAGUUUGAGAAACUGUAAAACAGUAGUAUAUUUAUGUUCGUUUUAGAUAAUAAAAUAUGUUAUUUGCUUAGAUUUAUAAA